GAAGAAUGUAAGUACUGGCCAGAUGAUGAGGAAAUACUUGUCUUCGACGACAUCAGUGUAACAGUUGAUAGUGAGGAAACCUCUGAAGAUUACACUCUUCGGACCAUUGGUGUAUGGAUGAAUGGUGAUAACCGACGCUACAUUAAGCAGUUUCAUUAUACAUCUUGGCCUGAUAUGGGAGUCCCAAUGUUUGACACUGGACUAUUGAGUUUCAUUAAAGAAGUUCGAAGUACAGAGACAAUUUCAUCGACACCAACAGUGGUUUUCUGCAGUGCCAGUGUUGUACGGACAGGAACCUACAUCGUCAUUGACGCCAUGUUGGAUAUGAUGGAGGUAGAAGCGUCUGUCGAUAUCCUCGGAUAUCUAAAACAAAUAAGAGGCGAUCGGGUAGACAUGGUUCAGACAGUGCAUCAAUGUGUUUGCAUUUACAACGCAUUGCUUGAGUUUCAUCUCAAAAGUGUUGUGCAAUUCCCACUGUCAGAAUUUUCAAGUCGGAUAGCACACUUGAAAAGGUUAAAUCCUGUUACAAAGACAACAUUUAUCGAAGAAGAAUUUCAG